CAAGGAAACUGAGAAGCUGAAGCAAGGAAACACCCCUGUAUACUUCACCUCACCCCCACGACCAUAGUGUGCGUGUGUGUGUGUGUGUGUGUGUGUGUGUGUGUGUGUGUGUGUGUGUGUGUGUAUCAAGAACUUAUUAAAGAAAUACCAAAAAACCUGUUGGCCACGAUGUUAUGAUGAACUGUUAAGUGUGUUGACGCAGCGGGGAAGAUCUCUGUAUUACCCAGGGGUCUCUGUGUCACCCAGGAGGACUUGAGUAAGAAUACAGCAUGGUAGAGCCCGUCGGAGCUAUGGCAAUGUUUGUGUUGCGGCUGGCGGGGCUGCUGUCUCUCGAGAACGCCAUCAAGGAGCAGGAGGCCAACCUCACCCACCAGGCCCUCAACUUCACCAGUCUGGGCUUCACUCCAGACACCUCUAAUUACACGUGGUCGUCACCACAGGUGCAGCCUCCAAAGGUCAACUCCACCACCCCGAGCAGUGACGACAGCGAGCUACCAUCUAUGGCAGCCUCUCAACUUGGCGUCACUACACCUGCUUCUGUAGAUAACUUCCUUAAUCCUACACCUACUGUAGUAUCACACUAUAUUAAUAUUAAACAACCGCCAAAAAUAAAUGAGUCUCCAAAUUACGCAUCAGCGGCGCCAGGCACCUUCACCAGUUAUAAUAGGAAAAAUAUAGUGGACGGAGACAUAACAGACGAUUCAAUAGAGUUGUUACCCAGAGCGAGUCCUCUGUCUGACACGAGAGAUUUUAAUGAAGGAAGCGAUAUACAGCCAUAUGGCUCUCAGCCUGUUGAGCACACUGAGCUACAGGUAAGGAAACCUGAGGAGGAGGCGGGAGGGCGUGAGAGAGAAGAAAUUGUAGUGCAGAAGGUACAGGGAAGUGUCAAAAGCAGUGCUGAUAGUGGAGAGGAUGGCAGAGGAGGAACCUUGAUGGGGCCUGGCGAGGAUUCCCCAGCUUUCGUAAGGAUACAAAUAGACACAGGAGAGGAUCCUCGUGCAGCUGAAGGAACUCUCAGAAUAAGUGUUGUGACUUACAGCCCAGGACCAGAAGACUUUCCACAAGUCGACAGGGGGGCAGUCAGGGGUGGUGAUCUGGUGACUCUCUCCUCAGCUGUUACAACAUCUACACCUACACCCAUGCCCACACUCCCACCAACACUCUCACCACCCACUCUCCCACCAACACCCACACCACCCACACUUCCACCAACACCCACAUCGCCCACACAAUCACAUCCCCGCCUUGAGGCUCUUAUUGAAGAAGACGACGUGUCAGGCCUCAUCGAUGCCCCUAAGCUUGCAGGUCUAGAAGCACCCUCCGAGAACUUCGUUGACAGUGACUUCGAGUACUAUGACUUCGGCACUCAGUACCAAACAAUGACUCCCAACCCAACUUUGUCUUCCCUGAGCCUGGUAAGCGCCGUGCCUGUCAGAGUGCCCGCCAGGCCCCCAGAGCCCCGUAGAAAACCACAAAUGAGGAAACCUGCCCCUGGUAGACCACGGAAGGUCCCUCCAGUGAGACCUAUACCCCCGAUUCCCCCUGUACCCCCUGCUCAACCCCAGAGACCCGUGGUGAGGAACAAUCCCUACCCUUACGGCCCCUUACGUCUGCCAGGACCAUACUCACCCAUCGGCCCCAACCUGCCCCCAACCAGGGACACCAGCGAGGAGCGGGUCGUGACCGAGUACAACUACGAAGAGGAUUACUACUAUGACCUUGAGGACAACGUGGAGGCCAAGUAUGAGGUGCAGACGAAGGAGCCUCCUGUCCUCUUUGUGUUCGACAGACCUGGCUACUCUCCGGAACCUCCCACCACCAUGGUCCCUCCCACACGAGCGCCCACACCCAGUGACCCAUGGGAUUGUUCCCCUAGAUGCCCCAGGUACACGCUAAUUGACUGGAACAUGGACUAUGACGUGAGAAUGUAUCCGGAGACACUGUGGGUGAGCACCAUCAUGAUCUCCGACAACCGGGUCCUCGCUGAGCUGGAGGGAUACAUGCGCAUCCAAGACUACUUCUACGGCCUCAACGACCAAGGGAUGGUGCUCAACCUGACCGUGCCCUUCGUGACGCAGAUCAAAUAUGGGAAGCAUCCCGGAGUCUUGGCGGAGACCAAUGACUACACGGUGUCCCUCUAUGUCCAGCCCACCUACUAUGAGAACAUGGAGAUCCCCACCCCCAUCAGUAAUGAGGUCCUUGUUGAUGAAUUGGAGACCAAGACAGUGUUUGUGCACAGCUUUGAGGCUAAUGUGUGGGAUGUAACAGAAAGCUUCCUGGAGGAGAAGGUUCAAACCCUGAUGGAGCAACUCAGACACAACGGUGAGGCCUUCCUCGACCGCUACUACUACCUCGCCUCCUACAGUAGGCCAGAGCUGUACCAGACGGUGUAUUAUGAGAUAUGGAUUUAUGCCACCAACUUCCGUGACCCCCAAACCACCAGUAAGUCCACCAGCUACAACAGGCGGCCACAGACCAACAAGAUCACGCAGAAGACUCUCAAUAAGCUCUGUCGAGGUGUGGAGUGUCCCAAAUUUGAGGUGCUGAGAACGUACAAAUAUGGCAUCCAGAAGAGACGUUACUACCAUGGACUAUUUGCCUCCACGUCCUCCACAGAGUGUCAGUUUACCACCAUGAGUGUGUGGAAGGGUUUCAUGCCACUUCAUUUAUAUAAGCACGGUGUCAACUCACACAUGGAGGUGAUUGAGGCCACUCGACCCAUAGCUCUGGUGCACAUUCUGGAUUCCACAGACCCUAAUACGGAGUGUCCUCAGAACCUCACCAUGUCCCUCUACCUCCCACACCGACUCCACUCCAACCCACCGAUUACCGGAUAUGCUGCACCUAACGUACACAUCACAGCUCUGGAUGAUGUGAUCGUGUACGCCUACACUGUCGGAGGGUACCUGCUGGACCCGGGAAGAGUACGCAAGGAGCUCUCUGACAUGAAGUACAGGCUUUCAGAAUUUGGAGCUUGUUACAAGGACGACGAGCAUUACGUUGUCAUAUAUGAUUUUAUUGUUCGGUACCAUGGACGCCAGAAUGAAAUUUGGGUAGUGGCAGAAAAUUGCAAAGCAACACACAACGGUUAGACACUAUUUAUUUACUGUAAAUCAAAUCUUAGAAUUAUUAGAAAUGUUUGAUAAUAAAAUAUAAUGACAAUUUAAGAAUACAGUACAAGUUAUCUAGGGUUUUAUUAUGGACCGAUGUAACAGGUCACAUUAUGCCUCUUCACUCGUUUUUAUCCAAGGUGUAAAAUUACCUAGACCAAGGUUGACUCGAGCCUAUAACUCUCACCAAUAUGUUAAGAGUUUGAGUCGUGCUUGGCUCGGACACAUGUGAGAAGGGUGUUAUCCAGUGUGACCUUAUCAAAUAUCACAGGUUUCCCAGACUCCUGUUUCCUCCUGUACUAAUGCUGGAUAGACCAACCGUCCAAAUGGCUAUGAUGAAGCUGAUAACUGGUGAUAAUAAUAAUAAUACUGUGACAAAAAACCUAACUUCCUGGAUGAGCUUGGCUGGGUGUUAACUGGUCUGGGCCAGAGUGCACCCUGGUAAAAAUAGGCCAAGAUAUUAACUGGCUUGUGUCACUGGAAGAAAACCUUUAUUUAUUUGAUGAUAAAGAAAUUAACUCAAUUUUAGAUAAUAUGUAUAUACAGUAUACUAUGUUUCAUGUUGAUCCACAAUGAAAACGUGGAUAAGAUAAAUCGUGAUAAAAUCACACGGGAAAAGGGAAACAACGGAGCAAGUUGCCUCUGAAGAUGUCUUGAAUAAAGACGAAAGCUAAGGUGCUCCGUUGUUUCCCUUUUCCCGUGUGAUUUUAUCAAGUGUACUAUGUACGUACUGGAACUAUUGGUGACUUUUAUUGUGUUUUGGUAACUACAGUCAGUUCUGCUAUAACGCGAUAGUUGUGUUUUUGUAAAAUAUCGUGUUAUAGAAAAUCUCGUAAUAGAAAUAACAGGGCUUUAUGGAGAAAAUGGGGUUAGGUGCAGAUUACUACU